CCAGGAGCCCGCAAUGAUGCUUUGGUGGCGUCACUUCCGGAGCGCGGGCUCUCGGUGCGAUGGCGGCGCGGCAGGAGCGGGAUCCGGAGCCGGAGCUCGACCCGGACUGGGCCGGGAUGGCGGCGCUCCCUGAGAAGACCGUGAACGGCUGGGUCCUGCAGUUCUACUUCCACCGGGCCAUAGAGGCCUAUCGCUCCGGGCGCAACCGUGAUUUCCGCCAGUUCCGCGACAUCAUGCAGGCGCUGCUCGUGCGGCCCCUGGACAGGGAGCCGGAGAUGGCGCAGAUGCUCCGGAUAAUGCAGCUGCUGUCGCGGGUCGAGGAGGGCGAGAACCUCGGGAAGCGCCGUGAUCCCCCACCAACCGUAUGGAUGCCAAUUCUUAUAGAUUGCACCUUCGACAAGGAGUCAGAGCUGACCCCUCUUGAGUCGGCCAUGCUUGUCCUGGACUUCAUCCAUGAGGAGUUCUCUGUGGCAGACAGGACGAUGGAAGCCAUACAGAAAAUGGUGAAAGAGGCUGCCGUUGUUGUUUGUAUCAGAAACAAAGAGUUUGAGAAAGCUUCUGAUAUCGUCAAGAAGCACAUGGGGAAGGAGUCCAGGAACCAAAAGAAGAAUGAGUGGCUGGCUGUCAUCCGGGAGAAGAAUCCCUCUCACCCAAAGGUCAAAAACUUCUCCUACGAGGACUUCCAGCAGAGCAUCUUUGAGUUCCUCAAGGGCUACGUGGACGAGACGGAGCCAGCGCUGCUGACGCUGUUGAAAAAGACUUUGAAUUCGGAACAUGCUGACAAAGGGAAAUCCUUGCUGGGGACUUCUGAGUUUGCAGAUGGGCUGAACAACCAGGCAGCAGCCCCAGAGGCCUCCAGAGGGGCAGAGGGCCCAGCCACAGCUCCAGAGGUCUCGGGAAAGCUGGAGGGCCCAGCCACAGCUCCAGAGGUCUCGGGAAAGCUGGAGGACCCAGCCAGAGCUCCAGAGCUUGCAGGAGCAACAGCAGACCUGGAGGGAGCUGCCAGCCCUGCAGAAAGAGCAGCUGGUCCUACAGCAGCUCCAGAGAUUAUGGAAGAAGCCAAUGGCCCUGCAGCAACUGUGGAACCUAUGGAAGUAGUCAGUGACCCAGCAGCAACACCUGAGCAUUUAACAGCAGCAUAUGAUAUCCUGGAGAGCACCCCAGAGCCUAUGGAAAUAGCUAAAGAACCAGCAGCAGCAGCAGCCCCAGAACUCCCCAGAGUGUCCACCAGGGAAUCACAAAGGCAGCCCCCCGGAGCUGUAACCUCGUGUGGGAUUUCUGUUCUGAGAGAAGCUUUCAAGAUCCUGUCGGACUCCGGGGACCCGGACGCACUUUUCACCCAACUGGACGAAACAGACUUGCCUUCCCCCAAGCAACUGUCUCCUUCUGUAUCCCACAGAACCAAGAGAUGCAGACAAACGGAGAACCAAGAUUCUGAGACCUCAGAGCCUCCCGCAGUACCCCGUAAUAUCAAAAACUUGUUCAGCAUAAGCAAUCUGGUCGUGGAGUUGGACGGCUCGUCCAGCAAGUUGAGCGACUGCCCCGACUCUUCCCAGGAGCACGUGGUCUCCUCCGCUUCCAAACCUCCUCCGCAACUGCCUGAGGAGCCCUUGUCAGCCCAGAGUGACAAGUCUCACCAAGGAAGGUGGAACAGCUCCUGUGGCACGGAGGAGAAGGACAGCUGGAGUGACGAGGAAGAGCUCUUUGCAAAUGCGGUAACACUUGAGAAAAGCAACAUCUCCAGGACCUCCAGCUCCAAGAAACAGAAAUGGACCAUGCAGGAGAGCGAGUGGAUCAAGGAGGGGGUGCAGAAGUACGGGGAAGGGAGGUGGAAAUCCAUCUCCCUCAAGUACCCCUUCCAGAACCGCACUGCCGUCAUGAUCAAGGACCGCUGGCGGACCAUGAAGAAACUGGGCAUGCUCUGAAGCUGGGAGCCUUGUUUUGGUUUUUUGUACCUCUGUUUUUUGGAAUCUGGACCAGAGUGCUGUCUGUGCCAGUGUGGGAAGCCCCUCUGACACCAAAACCAUGAGUGAGGAACGCAGGAACCUUGUGCUCCAGCUGCAGAUGAGUGUGCUGCAGGGGGCAGGGACUGCGCAGCCUCUUGUGAAUUUAGAACCACCUGGAUUGAGACGUCCUUGUCCACCUGACCACUGCAGCUGCUGGAAUGAAUCCCAGCUGUUUGCUCAGGUGUGAUCAUCAGGAUGAUCUCAUAGGUGACUUAUUUUUUUUUGUGCUUUAGUUGUCUGUUACCUGAAUCACUUGUUUCAUGUUUUUCAUCACUUCCUUGUGGAAGAGAGGCAGCACUGAGUCCCCGAGUUUCUGUGGGGAAGAGAUCCAGGCAAGAGGACCUACUUGUAAUUUUUUUUCCUCAUUCAUUUCUGCUUUGUAAAUGACUCAUUUGUGAGGAGAAAUUCCUCCCUUGCAGCUCUGAGACUUUAAAAAGUUAAAAUUACUUUGUGUUUCAGUACUUGGAGCUGUUUGUUUCCAUGGUAAAAAUUCCGUUUCUGUCUGACUUUGGUCAUGUUUUCUUUGCACUUGUCCUGAUACUGUCCUUGCUGAGUGUGAGCUCCAAGGGUUCCACAUGUUCCUGCCUUCAAGUGCCAAAGCUGGAACAGUCAUUUGUAAAAUAAAGUUCUUUUCUUGGUUAGUA